AUGGAUGAGCAAGACUCGGCUGGACCUAAAGCAGGAAGAGGCCAUGCCAUUGAAGAUGGGAGCAGUGGGGAAUUAUGGGAAAACUCUGUGGGGAAGAUCCUGGGUGAGGAGGACACCCUCCACUCAGAUGUGCAUUGCCAGCAGCUCAGGCAGUUCUGCUGUCAGGAGGCUGAAGGACCCCGAGAGGUUUGCAGCCGACUCUACCACCUUGGCUGUCAGUGGCUGAAGCCAGAAAAGAACACAAAAGCUGAGAUGCUGGACCUGGUGAUCUUGGAGCAGUUCCUGGCUGUCCUUCCACCAGAGAUGGAGAGCUGGGUGAGGGAAUGUGGAGCAGAGACCAGUUCCCAGGCAGUGGCCCUGGCCGAAGGUUUCCUCCUUAGUCAGGCAGAGGAGAGAGAGGAGGCCGAGCAGCAGGUGAGAUAUAUUUUCCUCUGGGUUUUCAAAAGGGGCUCCAAAGCAGAGGGAGAGUAUCCCAAAAUGCAUUACCGAUGUCCGAUCCCUUUAUGGAUAGGAUCCAAGGAAUGAGAUCUGGUAAAGUGUUUAGCUCUGCAAAAUCAUUUUCUAAUCCUUCUCUCUUUUGAAUCUCUGUUGCUCUUUCAGGGAAUGAAUCUGAUGGCAGAAAUGGGUCCAGAGAGGACUCCGAUGGACACCAGGGAGAGACCACUAGGUAAGGAGGGAGUUAUUUCUCUCUUUGGUCACAUUGUGGGGAUUUAUAAACUACCGUAAUCUGUUGGUUCUUUUCUGCUGUCUGCAGCGGAGCUGCUGUCUCAGGAAGGGGGGUGGAGAGCAGGUGGGGGCAUGGCUGGUGCGCAUCCUGGGGGCGUGGCACCCGGCGUGGGGGGGGGUGCAUGGCGCAUGUCCGGAAGUGGCCGCGAUGGCACCCCACUGGCAUGGUGGUGUUGGGGGCGGUCCACUCCCCUGCCCUCUUGUCCUCCACCAGUGGAGGCUGUUGGGGCCAAGAACUCAAAGGAGCAGAGAUGUAUUUUUACACAACUAAAAUAUUAAAGUUGUACAAAUGUCUCAGUAGGGUAGACUUCUUCAAAAGUCCACCUGUAAUUAGAGAUGCACUCCUGAACCUCAGAGAGAAGCAGGCAUUCAUGGCUUCCCACUUCCCUUUGUCUCUGGCAGGUGACCGGAUGAUGCCAGCAAGACCUCGUGCGUCUUUUCAUGGUGGAGAAGGGGAAGCAGCGGCUAUAGAAGCAGAUCAGGUAGGGGGCAUGAGACUUGUAGGGAGAGAGGCCAAGGGGUGGGGCAGCCAGAAUGCUUGGAAGAAAAAAAAUGUGGAGUUCCACCCAUUUACACAAAGAUUAGGACCCAUCAUUAAAAUAAUAAAGUAAUUCCAGCAAGAUGUUAAAAUAAGCAUUCAUACCAUGUGGAGCAAAAUAAUCCCAUUUAAACAACACAGCAAUUAACAGGUAGAAAACAACAGAGCAAUGUGUGGUAGAUCAUCUUUAUGGUGUCUAAGAGAAGGACAUUUCCCCUUUUCUUUUAGGGUCUGGUGUGCUUUGAGGAUGUUGCUAUUCAUUUCACGGACAAGGAGUUGGCGUUGCUGGAUCCUGACCAGAGAACUCUGCUUGAGGAGGUCAUGGAGGAGAAUCGUGGACUCCUGGAUUCUCUGGGUAAGGCUCUCUGAGGAUCAUCAUAUCUGUUUUGAAAUUCCAUCUCUCUCCUUGCGAUGAAUCUGCAAGGUUUGGCUGGAACUCAAUAGCGCUACCUACACCACCUGGAAAUCUAACGCCCCCAGAAAUCACUUGGAAUGGCGGUGUUGUCUGUGAAUAUCCGUCAGAGUGGGUAGGGAGGUUGAAAUAGCUUCUGUCAGAUUGUUUUUUGUAUAUUUCAGCUAAUACAAGCCAACAAAGGCAGUGAACUCCAUAGUAAGAAUUCCCAUGUAAUUCCCUUCAGUUAUUCCUCUUUCACAGUUGUUCAUUAGCAAUGUUGAAGAAUGAACAGUUGUGAAUGGUUGUUCUUCCUGAGGCUCUAAUUAGUCUAUCUAUAUAUACUGUAUUAAUGUAACAAUACUACUCAGUACCUAUAUAAUAACUUAUUAUAGCCUAUAGAAUAUAAUAACCUAUCGUAUUUUUCGCCCUAUAGGACGCACCGGCCCAUAGGACACACCUAGUUUUUUGGGGGGGGGGAAUAAAGGGGAAAAAAAUUAUUCCCCCCCCCCAGCCGCGGCUUCAGCGCGCCCCGCGCUCCGGGCAGCAGGCUGCUAUCCGCAGAUAUCCGCAGCCUAGGGAGCCCUGCGGGAACUUCUGCUGUGGAUAUCUGCCCGAAGCGCAGGGCGCUCUGCUUCAGCGGGCCCCGCACUCCGUGCAGCAGGCUGCUUUCCGCAGCCUAGGGAGCCCUGUGGGAACUUCCGCAGGGCUCCCUAGGCUGCGGAUAUCUGCCCAAAGCGCGGGGCGCUCUGCUUCAGCGUGCCCCGCGCUCUGUGCAGCAGGCUGCUUUCCGCAGCCCUGUGGGAACUUCCGCAGGGCUCCCUAGGCUGUGGACAUCUGCCCAAAGCGCAGGGCGCUCUGCUUCAGCGCACCCCGCGCUCCGUGCAGCAGGCUGCUUUCCGCAGCCUAGGGAGCCCUGCGGGAACUCCUGCGGGCUCCCCAGGCUUGCUGAUAGCUUCCGGAAGCUUGGAGAGCGAGAGGGGUCGGGGCGGCCCGACCCCGCGCGCGCGCCAAGCUUCAGCGAAAGCCUGCAUUCGCCGCAUAGGACGCACACAAAUUUCCCCUUCAUUUUUGGAGGGGAAAAAGUGCGUCCUAUAGGCCGAAAAAUACGGUACUUAGUCUAUUACACUGCAUUUUUCCACCAUUUCUCCCUCUUUAAAAAUUAUUUUCUCUUUUUAUUUCUUUCUCUUAUAUAAUUUCUUUUUUUGUUAGAGCAUUUAUUAAUUUUCCAAUAAAAAACAUCCAAUCAACAUAUCAAAUCAUAAUCCAAUAAAAAUAAAAAAGAUCAAUUUGUCUUCCAAAUUGUAAUUUUGAUUUUAAGACUUCCCACAGUCUGAACCUCGAAGCAUAUCCAAAUCUCAGUCGUGCAUCUCAUCAAUAUUUCCAUAUCUCGAUUUUAUCUCUCCAACCUUCUUUGUCUCUGGCUCUGCGAUCCUCAAUCAUGUCAGAAAACAGAUAACCUUUCGUCCGUCGAGUGCAGAUUUGUUUGUGUAAUGUACCCUUUCAACUGUUGGUUUUUUUUACUUGCGCCACUUCAUCUUGCUCCAUCCAUUCCGGGCUUUUGUUCAGCUCUCUGAAGUUUAUUAUCUUGGCAGCUCCCAAAUCAUUAAUCUUUCCCGUCCAGCUGUUGUCAAAACCUUCCUUUUAAGAUUUGUAAAUGCAGUAUCUUGCACCUUAUUGAGUUGUUCUGAAGCAGACUGUUUGCUGUAUUGCAAUAUAUCAGUCGUUUGGUGAUCGAUCAGCCUUCCUGGAAGCCACCCAGUCCCCCCUCCGGGCCCUAGAGGGGGGCUGCUAGACAUCCAUUUAGCCUUUUCUCUCGUUCAUAAUGGAAAAAAUCUUUUGCAAACAGCUGCACUGUAUAUUAUCCAAAAUAUUGUCUCAAACCGUUGUAGUCAGCCAACAAUUACGGUAAUUCCUGUUUCUCUUAAUCAGGGAGGGAUUUCAAAUUUUCCGUAACUGCGUAAUAGGGGAGCGCCAUUUUAAUCCUUUGUUCUCCUCUUUAACAAACAUUUCAAGUCUUAAAAAAAAGAAGCUGCUCAUGAGUCCGAAUUGUAAAUAAAAGUCCUUCUGCACUCAUUUUUUUUUAGAAGCAAUUUAAGUUCUAAAUGAGGCUUGACAUGAAAAACCAAUUGUUGAUCUUAAGAAAGGAGAAAAAGAGCAUAUCAAUCACCUUCGCAAUCCACACACCAUGAUGAGGAUCUCUUUGAAGUCCGAGCUUAUACACCAGAGACUGUACAUUCAGCAGGUGUCGUCCCCCCCCCCCCGGCUUUUUCCAUUCAGACCAUGUGUUUUUCAAAUCUAUUUUAAUUCCCAAACAGAUGUGUCUGGCUAUAGGAGUGACAUCGGAGAGUGCCAGCUGUGACCGUGCUCUUUGACCCCGUGUCCUGUUGGCUGCACCUUAGUGCACCCUGGCAAUCUCGGACAAUCCAUGGGUCUUUGAGACAGUUCUCCCCUACCCUGGGGAGGCUGCCACGGCUAAUUAACCCCAUAUCAGCCCUGAAUUAUCGGCACAGCUGGGGUCCAAUCUUGUGGGAGUCAGCCAUUUCCCACCGCCGGAAACAGGAAGUCCUCUUAGCAUAUAAUUUCCUUAUCUUUCAAUAACAUACUAAUAUUUAAAAAAUAAUUUUUUUUUUCAUUGCAGGGGGUGAUGAAAUGGAAAUUAAUAACAAGGGGGACCAAGAAAGAAUCCACACCGUAGAGAAGCCAUAUAAAUACUCAGAUUGUCAAGAUAACUUUAUUCAGAGCUCCCAGACCACUUCUCAUCAAAUAAAUCCCAUCACGAAUAAACCCCAUCAGUGCUUGGAAUGUGGAAAAAACUUCAUUGAGAGCAUACAUCUCACUUCCCAUCAGAGAAUACAUACAGGGGAGAAACCUUAUAAGUGCUUGGAAUGUGGAAAGAGUUUCCACCUGAGUGGUCAUCUCACUUCCCAUCAAAGAAGUCAUACAGGGGAGAAACCCUAUCAGUGCUUGGAAUGUGGAAAGACCUUCAGUCAGAGUUGCUCUCUCACUUCCCAUCAAAGAAUUCAUACAGGGGAGAAGCCUUUUGAGUGCUUGGAAUGUGGAAAGAGCUUCAGUCGGAGCACUUCUCUCACGUCUCAUCAAAGAAUUCAUACAGGGGAGAAACCCUAUCAGUGCUUAGAAUGUGGAAAGAGCUUCAGUCAAAGUGCACAUCUCACUUCCCAUCAAAGAAUUCAUACAGGGGAGAAAACCUAUCAGUGCUUGGAAUGUGGAGAGAGCUUCCGUUUGAAUCGUCAUCUCACUUCCCAUCAAAGAAGUCAUACGGGGGGGAAACUGUAUCAGUGCUUGGAAUGUGGAAAAAACUUCACUCAGAGCAUUCAUCUCACUUACCAUCAAAGAAAUCAUACAGGGGAGAAGCCUUAUCAGUGCUUAGAAUGUGGAAAGAGCUUCAGUCACAAAGCUAGUCUUUCUUCCCAUCAAAGAAUUCAUACAGGGGAUAAACCUUUUCGGUGCUUGCAAUGUGGGAAGACUUUCAGAAAGAGUUCAGAUCUCACUUCUCAUCAAAGAAUUCAUACAGGGGAGAAACCCUAUCAGUGCUUGGAAUGUGGAAAGAGCUUUAGUCAAAGUUCACAUCUCACUUCCCAUCAAAGAGUUCAUACAGGGGAGAAACCGUAUCAAUGCUUGGAAUGUGGAAAGAGUUUCCGUCUGAAUGGUCAUCUCACUUCCCAUCAAAGAAGUCAUACAGGGGAGAAACCCUAUCAGUGCUUGGAAUGUGGAAAGACCUUCAGCCACAGUAGCCAUCUCUCUUAUCAUCAAAGAGUUCAUACAGGAGAGAAACCGUAUCAGUGCUUGGAAUGUGGAAAGAGUUUCCGUCACAGUAAGACUCUCAUUUCCCAUCAAAUAAUUCAUACAGGGGAGACACCCUAUCAGUGCCUGGAAUGUGGAAAGUGCUUCCGUCACAGCUGCACUCUCUCUUCCCAUCAAAGAACUCACUGUGGGGAGAAACCAUAG